AUGUCGACCGUUCUUAACCUUGGUAGAGCCAUCCUACAAUCCUACCACAUGGCCAUUCUGUUCAUUUCUGCACUAUCACCUGUUCUUGUUUACGCUCAGUAUCCCGAUUCUCCUGCACCUGGAAACUUCAUCCGCAGGGCUCAUAGCAGAGCCAUGGUACUAGGAAACUUCGUAUACAUCGAUGGCGGCGAAGUCUCUCAGUUCGUCAAUGGGGGGUUUAUGCCCGACAACCAACCGUCACACGGGAUGAACUCAACACUUUCCAUCGACAUUUCCAAAUCAUGGACCGCAUUCACCGUCGAGAUCAAGACCAUACCACGCAAUGGGCCCAUCAUGCUGAACUCCGAGGCCAUAUGGCUUGAUACCGCUACCGGGAAUAACAGCUACUACAUUUACGGGGGAGAAACGAGUUACAACCAGAACAGCACAGGCUUCCAGGAGAAGGAAAAGAUUUGGACAUUUAUCGCCGACGGCGAAGGCGGGGGGACCUGGUCCGCGGCGGAAACAGCCACCAGUACGGGUAAUCCAGGUAGUCCAGAUACAUUCCCGUCGCGCCGGUACACGACAAACUCAGCCUACGCCUCGACACCCAACGGACUCGGCUUCUCAAUAGGCGGUCACCAAUCCCGGUUCACGGACCCUGACAUAAAAAUGAGCAGCAACCUGCGUUGGCAGACACCCGGCAUGGUAUCAUACGAUAUGCGGACCAAAGCAUGGCAGAACCACACAUCACUACUCGGAACAAUGCUUGCGGCAAACCAGUCCCUGGAAAAUGGCAGGGCUAUCCACGUUCCCGAGUUUGGCCCCAAUGGUAAUGGGGGUGAUGGGCUCGUUUUUGUACUUGGUGGCGCGGCCAAAGCUGCUGGAGAGAUGCUGCCAGGCGUCGCCUCUGGCCCGCUGAUCAGCUUUGCGACUGUCAACUUUUUCGAUCCUGUGAACAAAACAUGGUACUCACAGGCGACAACCGGUGAGGCGCCGAAGGGGCGUAUAAGUCACUGUGUGGUUGGCGCACAGAGUCCGGAGGGGUCGUUUGAGAUCUUCGUGUACGGAGGCACUUCCGUGUCUUACGACACCUCCUUUGACGACCUCUACGUUUUGAGCCUCCCGGGGUUUCACUGGUUCCGAGCCGAAGACAACCGAUCGGAUACACAACGCGCUAGUGCCGCCUGUGUUGUCGUUGGGAAACGCCAAAUGCUUACCAUAGGGGGUGUUAACUACGGGAAAGGGGACAUCAAAUACUGGAAAGACCAGGAUCCCUUGCCUCAGGGCCUUGGAAUCUUUGAUAUGACUGUCAUGAGCUGGGUGAGGAAUGGAAGUUAUAAUGCAGAUGCGGAAACGUAUCAGGCACCACAAGUGGUGCAGGACUGGUACAGAUCUCAGAAUCUCUCAACAAUUGAAUGGUCUUCAGCCGAAGUGAAAGAAAUGUUCUCUACAUCGAACGUCACUUUCGCAACUGAUAAGCCAAAACCAAAGACCAAUAACAAAACAGGCAUCAUUGCUGGUUGUGUGACGGGUGGAUGUGUUGUUGUUUUGGCCAUCUGCGCGAUUGUGUUUCUCUUCAGGAGGCGGAGAUCAAAAGCAAAUAAGUUGGCAUCUUCAUCCCGGAGUCAGGGAAACGAGUGGUCUGCCCAUGCGGAAAAGCCAAAGGAGUGGCCCAUACAGACACCGGCAGCGGAGGACUGCAAGUAUCUACCGCCCGCUGAACUUGCGGGCGAAAACAAUUGCUGGGAACUCCCCUCGCCUGGAACGGGACUGGGGCAAUAUAAGACUUCUGAGGAAACGAAGCCUAGGGCGGAGUUGAGUGCUUAG